ACUACCUGCUGCUGUCCUCUAGGUGAGCUGUACCUUUCAGUGGGCGUGUCUUACUGCCGACUCAGGUGUUUCCAGGAGGCAGUGCAGUGUUUCCAGGCAGCUCUGGGUCCUGCAGCUCAGCAUCCCCCCCUACUGGCCAAAGUGUUGCACAACUUGGGAGCUGCUCUGAAUUCUGUGGGCCGGUUCACACCUGCUAUGGGAUACCACAGGCUGGCUGCUGGCCUCUACGGCUCUCUGGGUUGCCGUGGUGACCAGGCUCGGUGUUUCAGUAACCUGGCAUUUGCCUGCAGUCGGCUGGGUGAUGAAGAGGAGGCAGCAGAGAGCUUCAUCCACGCUCUGCAGGGAUUCAGAGACACUGAGGACCACCUGGCCCAGAUGCAGGUGUGUGAGUCGUUGGCAGAGUGUUACCUAAAGCAGAAGAAGCAGCACAAAGCUGUUCAACUCUACAAAGAGGCCCUGAGUGCUCUGUCUCACUGCAAGGACACCUCUGGUACCGAUAGGGAUCGUCUGGUGGAGCGCCUGACUGCAGCUCUGCAGCAAAGUCUGACCAUCAGUCUGCAGAGGCCUCACCCAUUUAGGGCCCGCCCACCGAAGCCCCACUCUCACAGCUUAGCUGUUGGACCAGGUGUCAGGAAGUUUGACAUGACGCAGACUCAGGGCAGAGCAGAUGAGCAGAGGGGGCAGGAGCCAGGUGCAGAGCAGGAGCCCAUAAGUAGACAGGAAGCAGCAGAGCAUUGUGGGUCAGCAGUUGGCAGAGCCAAUGAGAAACAUGAACACAUAAGCACUGCACCUGGACUAAACAGGUCCUCAGACCUCAACUGGGCCUUGAACCACAAGUUAGAACCUGUUUCCACUAUAACAAACGGUGUCUCUGUUUCAAGUACAUACCAUUCAGACCAGCUACAGCACAGCGAGCUGUGGUCUGACAGGAUGAAUCAUUACACUAACAGCAGGUCUCUGUAGAGACACCUGGCCAAAAUGGCAGCAUCAAAGAGUCACACAACAACAUACACUCUACAUAUCAGUCACGCGCUAGACAAUAAAGUAUGAUCUGUGAAAUAUGAGCAUAAAACCAAGUCAUGUAAAACUGUUAC